AUGCCCGACUGUCCGCCCUGGAAGCGGCGGCUGCUGCUGCUGCUCCCGCUGUUGGGGCCGCUGCUCCAGAAGGCGGAGACAGGCUCUGAGGGGCAGACGGCGGGGGAGCUAUACCAGCGCUGGGAACGCUACCGCGGGGAGUGCCAGGAGACGCUGGAAGCCGCGGAGCCCCCAGCAGGCCUCGCCUGUAAUGGGUCCUUCGAUAUGUACGUCUGCUGGGACUACACUGCGCCCAACACCACUGCCCGUGCGUCCUGCCCCUGGUACCUGCCCUGGCACCGUCACGUGGCUGCAGGUUUUGUCCUUCGCCAGUGUGGCAGUGACGGCCAGUGGGGACCUUGGAGAGACCAUUCUCAGUGUGAGAACCCAGAGAAGAAUGGGACCUUCCAGGACCAAAGGCUGAUCUUGGAGCGGCUACAGGUUGUUUACACUGUGGGCUACUCCCUGUCCCUGGCCACACUGCUGCUAGCCCUGCUCAUCUUGAGUUUCUUCAGGCGGCUGCACUGCACUCGAAACUACAUCCACAUCAACCUGUUCACAUCUUUCAUGCUGCGGGCAGCAGCUAUCCUCACCCGAGACCGGCUGCUACCUCCACCUGGCCCCUCCCCUGGGGACCAGGCCCCUAUCCUGUGGAACCGGGCUCUAGCCGCCUGCAGAACGGCGCAGGUCGUGACCCAGUACUGCGUGGGGGCCAGCUACACGUGGCUACUGGUGGAGGGCAUCUACCUGCACAGGCUCCUGGUGCUCGUGGGAGGCUCCGAUGGGGGUCACUUCCGCUGCUACGUGCUCCUCGGCUGGGGGGCCCCCGCGCUUUUCGUCAUUCCCUGGGUGAUCGUCAGGUACCUGUACGAGAACACGCAGUGCUGGGAGCGGAACGACGUCAAGGCCAUUUGGUGGAUCAUACGCACCCCUAUCCUCAUGACCAUUUUGAUUAAUUUCUUCAUCUUUAUCCGCAUUCUUGGCAUCCUCGUGUCCAAGCUAAGGACACGGCAGAUGCGCUACCGGGACUACCGGCUGAGGCUGGCUCGCUCCACGCUGACGCUGGUGCCCUUGCUGGGUGUCCACGAGGUGGUGUUUGCUCCCCUGACAGAGGAACAGGCCCGGGGCCAGCUGCGCUUCGCCAAGCUGGGCUUUGAGAUCUUCCUCAGCUCCUUCCAGGGCUUGCUGGUCGGCUUCCUCUACUGCUUCAUGAAUAAGGAGGUGCAGUCGGAGAUCCGCCGUGGCUGGCACCGCUGCCGCCUGCGCCGCAGUCUCGGCGAGGAGCUGCGCCAGCCCUCGGAGCGUGCCUCUUCGACCCUGCCAUUGGGCUCGGGACCUAGCCAGGUCGCCACUGGCCUCGCCCUGUCCUCGAGGAACCUCCCGGGGCCUGGGGAUGAGGCCGGCCGGGUCUUGGAAAGUUACUGCUAG